AUGGCAGUGUGCCGUAUAGGCGCCAAACUUUCCACGGCUGGACGCGCUACUGGACAAAGUAGCGCUAUCCCAGCCUGGAGAAUAAGAAUUAAAGAACGUAUCGCAAAGGCUAGGACCCUCAUCGGCAGGCUGAUAUGCUUCAGGUCAGGCAACAACAGGCCAAGGAUUGUGCGCACCGUCAGGAUGGCAUUUGCUGGGACAAAUGUUAGUUUGUCCCAGCCGGAUAUAAUGCAAAAACUGACGGAGCGCAUAGACGACUUGAAGCAGAGAAUCGCUGCUUGGGGAAAGCGGAUUCGGCGAUAUACAGAGAGGUCGACAUGGUUUAACCAGAAUCGUCUCUUCCAGAGUGAUCAGAAGAGGCUCUAUAAAUCGUUAGAGCGACAAAUGGUAAGUGGAGCGGGCCCAGCACCGAAUCAGGCCUACACUGUAGCAUUCUGGCGCGGCCUGUGGUCAGAGCCAAUAAACCACAGCGAGGGCCCUUGGAAGGAAGUUGUGGCGAGUCAGUGUGCGAGUAUAACGCCCAUGGACCCCGUCAUUAUAAUGCCGGAUGACGUAGCUGAGGCGGUCCGUAGGGCCCCGAACUGGAAAAGUCCGGGACUCGACGGGCUGCAAUAA